GUGAAGUUGCAAUACACAUUUGUCAUGAGCACCCGGUUGUUUGUGCAGAACUUGCCCUUGUACGUGGAUGACGAGAAGCUGCGCAAGCAUUUCGCCGCACAUGGCCAGGUGACGGACGCGUGUGUGGUCAAGACCAAGGACGGCAAGUCGCGGCGCUUUGGGUUUGUCGGGUUCAAAACCGAGACUCAAACCACGACGGCGCAAAAGUUCUUUGACAAAUCGUUCAUCGACACGACACGGAUCAACGUGAAAGUGGCGCAGCCGCGCGAGUCGGACGAACUGGACCGUCCAUGGAGCAAGUACUCGAAAGGCAGUUCACGGUACAAGGAAAAGCAAGCGCCAGUCGUGGAGGGUGCCGACGGCGACGAGUCGACGACAACAACAGAUGCGAAGAAGGCCAAAGAGCCGUCCAAGGAAGCCGGCGGGUUUGACGAGUUUGUCGAGACCAUGCAGCCUCGUUCGAAGACCAAGUUUUGGGCCAACGACGACGUGGUGGACGCGGCGAGUGGCGCCGGUCCAGAGACGAUCCAGUCUAUUCUGCACGACAGCAACGACUCGGACGACGAGUACGAGGACUUGGACACGAUCCACGAUGUCAACAAGCAAUCAGCCAAGAAGGCCAAGACGGGUGGUGACGACACCGAUGACGAAAGUGGUGACGACGACAGCAUGGACAAAUCCAAAGCAUCAUCGAAACAGACCAUGUCCGACUUGGAAUUUUUAAAAGCCAAAACCGUGCGCCGUAUCGCAGACAGUGACGAUGAAGAAGACAACGCCAGUGACAAUAGCGAUGACAAUAGCGAAGAUGACGACGCCGUGACCAAACUAAACCAACCCAGCCACGACGACGAAACGCCAGUGGCGCCGUCGGCACGGCUAUUUAUCCGGAAUCUUCCGUACAGCUGCGUCGAAGAAGACUUGACCGAGUUGUUUGCCGGGUACGGUACGAUUGUGGAGCUGCACAUGCCCCUGGACGACAACAAGCGUACCAAGGGAUUUGGGUUUGUGCUGUUUCAAUCGAUGGCCGAGGCGGACGCGGCGCGCGCGGCGCUGGACGGGAAAGCGUUCCAGGGACGACUGCUCCAUGUAUUGGCGGCCAAGGCCAAGCUCGAGCCCGUGGGGGUGGAGGACACGUCGACGCUCACGUACAAGCAAAGGAAGGAGGCGGAGCGCAAGGCCCUCGCAAACACCAAAGUCGGGUGGAAUGCCUCGUACAUUCGAGGGGAUGCCACCGUCGAUGCAUUGGCGGCGCGGUUGCAGGUGAAUAAGGGCGAUAUAUUGGACAAGGAAUCGGGCAACAUGGCCGUGCGACUUGCCAUCGGCGAGACCAUCUUGUUACAGGAAAACCAAUCGUUCUUUGAACAAGAAGGCGUUGAUGUCAAGGUGAUGGAAGGCGCGGCGACGAAAAAGUCGAGCGCCGAGCGCAGCAGCACGGUGCUGUUGGUCAAGAACUUGCCGUUCUCGACGGACGAAACCGCGUUGGCGCAGCUGUUCCGAACGUAUGGCGAACUCGCUCGGUUCGUGCUGCCGCCGUCGAAAACGAUGGCGCUGGUCGAGUUUAUGGAGGCGUCGGAGGCCCGCAAGGCGUUCCGAACGCUCGCGUACAAAAAGUUCCAGCAUGUGCCGCUGUACCUCGAGUGGGCGCCCGUCAAGGUGUUCAAAGCCCCAGCGACCAUGACCUACAGCGACAAGCUCAAGGCCGCCAGCAACGGACCAGCCGCGGCGACUCGCCCCGAUGUUGAAGCGGACAACGUCGCUGAACUGGACAACACCCUGUGUGUGAAGAAUCUCAACUUUACCACCACCGAGGCUGUGUUGAAAGCAGCGUUUGAAAAGUGUGGCACGUUGCGCAAAGUGACGAUUGCGAGGAAGAAGGACCGCAGCGGCAAAUUGACCUUGUCGAUGGGGUUUGGGUUUGUCGAGUUCGGCACGGCGGCCGCGGCAAAGAAGGCCAUGCAGUCGCUGCAGGGCAACUUGUUGGAAGGACAUGCGAUGGACAUCAAAGUAUCGAGGAAGCAAUUGCAGCCGGCAAAGGCACAAGCUGCCAAAUCUGCGGCGAAUGUGCCGAAAACCAAAGUCAUUUGCCGCAACAUUGCGUUUGAAGCGACGGUCAAAGACGUCCGGGAGCUGUUUGCCGCGUUCGGCCAGCUCAAGACGGUGCGCAUGCCCAAGAAAUUUGACGGCAAACAUCGAGGUAAGGUGCAAUUGAGUGAAAUGGAGGUUGACGACAUGCACGAUUCGCAGGGUUUGCAUUCAUCGAGUUCCUCACGGAAGCCGAAGCCAAGAGCGCGUUCGCGGCGCUGUCGUCGUCGCACUUGUACGGCCGCCAUUUGGUCUUGGAGUGGGCUGAAGAUGCAGACGACUUGGAUACGCUGCGCGCCAAGGCUUCGCGAGAUCUCAAUUCCAUUCAAGACGGCCAACGAGCCGCCAAGCGGCGCAAGAACGCCGACGACGUCGAGGAUGACCAAGAAUUUUAAGUAUUACUAGAGCUUGUUAAAGACAUGCCCCUCCAUCUUCACGGUCGAAGGAUGCGGCAUGCAUGCUGCCAAAAUGCACUGCGAUCUUUGGACGUGAAUGAUUGGCUAAAAUUAAGGCCGUUUCAGCCGCACAGAGGGUAUCAUCCGGAUAUCUCAGCCCAAUUCCUUUAAAAUACAUUUGAUUGUGAUA